GCGUCCUCCAUCUUUACCGUCUGCGGCCACUCCUCGGGCGGGUCGAUGGCCUCUCAGCACGCUGUUGCCUUCUCGGACCGCGUCGCGGGCCUAGGGCACUUCCAGGCCGCUUCGUGGGGGUGCAGCCGCCUGAUCAACAAGUCAACAGAGGACUACAACCAGCGUUGCGCCAACUCGACGGCCUCUCAUGCAAUGGCGGCCCUCGUCGCCUCUGCUUUUGAGCGCGGCGACAUCUCGAGCCCCACCAACCUGCGGCAGAUGCCGAUCUUCUAUUACGCCGGGGAGUGGGACACGAUCGUCGAGCCAGCAACCGUCCGGGCGGCCGCCGGCUUCUACCAGCUGCUCUCAGAGCGCGUCGUGGGCCUAACAGUGGAAGGCGCCGAGCAUGCAUUCGAGUGCAACGCCUGCUGGUAUCUCGGGGCGCCCUACCUCAACGACUGCCGCUACGACAUGGCGGGGCACAAGCUCGCCGGGCACAUGCUCGCCCACCUCCUCGGCGCGCUCUCUCCGGCGGUACCCGCGCCCUCGAGGCGCCUGCACCGGCUCAAGCAGAGCCCCUACUUCCCGGCCAACGCAUCCUGCGCCGACAUGGGGAUGGGCCCGCACGCCUUUCUCUACCUGCCGCGGGGCUGCAGGAGUGGUCGCGGGGUCUGCCGCCUCCACGUCGUGUACCACGGCUGCUCCUCGAGCGUGGUGGCGAUCGGCUCGACGGCCCUCGUGCUGCACGCCGGCUUCAACCCGUGGGCAGAGGCCAACCUCGUUAUGGUCCUGUACCCUCAAUCC